UCUUGGUAUAUAUACAGGGAGAUGAGACUACAACUUUCUCUGUUGAAAUUAGCAGGAACUAACUGAAGAUGUUGAGGCUCAUUCUACUUGCUGCUCUUGUCCUCUGUGGACAAUGCUAUGAAGAUGUCCAGGGAAAUGAGCGUGUUGUUGGAGGAUCAAAUUCUGCACAAAAUGCAUGGCCAUGGCAGAUUUCCCUUCAGUAUCAGUCUGGAAGCAGCUGGUAUCACACCUGUGGAGGUUCUCUUAUCCGUGCUAACCGUGUCCUGACCGCUGCUCACUGUGUAGACAGUGUGGUUUCAUAUCGUGUGGUUUUGGGAGAGCACAACCUGAAUGUGAACGAAGGCAGAGAACAAUAUAUCUCCGUGUCUAGAAUUGUAAAACAUGCCAGCUGGAACAAAAACAAUGUAGCAGCCGGGUAUGACAUUGCAGUCCUUCAUCUGGCAUCCAGCGCCAGCCUGAACAGCUAUGUGAAGCUGGCAACACUGCCAAACAACGGAGCUGUCCUUUCCAACAAUUACGCCUGCACCAUUACCGGAUGGGGCAGAACCGUUACUGGUGGAUCCCUUCCCUCAAUCCUUCAGCAGGCCCCUCUGCCUGUUGUAGCUCAAUCAACUUGCUCCACCAGCUCUUACUGGGGCAGCACAGUCAAGUCCACAAUGGUGUGUGCCGGUGGUAACGGAGCUCAGGCUGGAUGCCAGGGAGAUUCUGGCGGACCCCUCAACUGUGCUGUCAAUGGAGUUUACCAAGUCCAUGGUGUAACUAGCUUUGUGUCUUCUUCUGGAUGCAAUGCCUACCUCAAACCAACCGUGUUCACCAGAGUCUCUGCUUAUAUCUCCUGGAUCAAUUCUAAUAUCUAAAGAAAUUAAAUUUACAAGAUGUUCAAGAAACGUACUAGAGACAUCAAAAAUAAUCUUAUUUGUGUAAUUUAAAUUUUCUGUCUAUAAGCACAAUUCAGUAAAGAAUGUUAUAUAAAUUCCA